AUGUCGUCUAACACAAAGAAAACAAGGAGCAGUAUGUGGUGGUGGUCCUGGCUCUUGGCAAUUAGUUUUAAGCAACAUUUGUUAAUCUCUGCGCUCCUGAGACUAUCUCUCAUUGCCUAUGCCCAAAUCCAUGACAGCCAAUCAGCUGUACCCUAUACGGAUAUUGACUAUAAGGUGGUUACAGAUGGCGCUCGUCAGGUGCUGCAAGGAGAAUCACCUUUUGCCCGUCACACUUAUCGCUAUAGUCCUAUUUUGGCUUACUUGCAAUUGCCAAAUCUAUUUGUUCAUGCGGCAUUUGGCAAAUUGAUCUAUUCCAUGUUCGAUCUACUCAUAGCCAUAGUUAUACACCGAUUGGCGUAUAUGGUGGUUAAAGGUCAAUUCGAGAAGACGGUACAACAUUUAUUUUAUCAGGCUUCCAAAUCACAUGAAUGCAAAUAUUUUGAUGCCUUGGAUGAGCGUAAUCAACCUGAGACUGUGGCACGAGGAGCCGCUUGCUUUUGGCUCUAUAAUCCCCUAACGGCUGUGAUCUCAACACGCGGCAGUGGCGAUAGCUUCUCCAGCUUUUUUGUUAUAUUGAGCCUGUAUUUGCUUAUACGAGCCGAGCAUAGGCAGGAGCACUCAAAUUGGUUGAUAUUCUUUGCUGGCGUGUCACAUGGCAUCGUCAUACAUUUGAGACUAUAUCCAUUGCUAUUUAGUUUGGCCUAUUAUCUAUCUUUAUCCACCAGUUUGGUGCGAAAUUUUCGUAAUCUUUUGCAACAGAUUUUUCGACCAAAUGUUCAGCAAUUGUGUUUGGUUUUGGGAACAUUGUCAAGUCUUGUGCUCCUAACAUGGACAUUUUUUUCACUUUAUGGCUAUCAGUAUCUUUAUGAAGCAUAUAUCUAUCACUUUGUGCGCAAAGAUGCACGUCAUAAUUUCUCCUUGCAUUUUCUAAUGCAAUACUUGAGCACUGGUGAAGAGGGAGAGUCAUCUCUAUUGAUCAAACUACUCGUUUUGGGUCCCCAAUUAGUUUUGAUUAUUUAUUUGAGCCUAACUUUCGGACAAUUCCGUCAGACUUUGCCAUUCUGCGUCUUCACCUUGGCCUUUGUUUUGGUUACAUACAAUUCUGUGGUGACUUCCCAGUAUUUCAUCUGGUAUAUGGCCAUAUUCCCAUUGUGCCUGAACAAUUUGAAACUUCUGUCUUGGCCGCGAUGCUUUAUGUUGCUUGCUCUUUGGAUUUGUGCCCAAGCCUUGUGGUUGCUUCCAGCCUAUUUGCUAGAGUUUCGGACAUGGAAUACAUUUAAUUGGAUUGGUGCUCAGAGUGCCAUAUUCUUUCUAGCCAAUAGUUAUAUAUUAAAAGAGCUUUUGGCUCAUUAUGGUUUUACCCACUUUAAGAUAAGUUAUAAGAAAUUUAGAUAAAUAUAUGUAUAAAAUUAAAAAUUCGAA